AUGCCGACACUUGACGAGACUAGUUACUCUCGGGAGGCUACCAUUGUCGCCUUUCGCAGUUAUUAUCAUUUCCUCACAGACAUGUUUCUACCAGAAGACUUUAUCGAGGAACCUCCGCCGGACGGUUGGCCAUCCAUAACAAAAGAGAGAGUCGUACUCUUGGGCAAAAACGAAGAAGUGUUCGAAUUGAUGCGCCAUCUGCCAUAUAUCCCGGACGAGUGUUUACUUGCAGCCCAUGCCAAGGUGUGCAAUUGGUCUUCAUUAUUCAGCCGACGACCCAACAACCAGGAAGAUGUCGAGACCAAGAGAAUCAUCACCGAAGGAUUGGACUGGCCAAACAUACCCUCGUCAGCAUUUGGUCUCACACGCGGCGGUCGCGACAAUCAUGUCUUCAUCCUCGAUACACGCUUUGGCACUGUCCACUGGCUAGACACCCCCGACAUCAAAGACGAUGCCACAAGACAGCCCAUCACCGAUCUGUCUGGCUGUCAGGAGCUUUUCGAACACCGCACGCCACCAAACGAACACGAGUGGCGAAGACAUGCAGCAUGGUCCAUCGCUGACUUCUUGGAGAUGUUGAAGAACGAGUUGAGAACCCUCAAGUCUGUGCCCUUGGACGCAUGUCAGAUUGAAGAGUGGAUUGACGAGAAUGAGGACGAUGGAGAUCUCGACAAGGAAGCUGCUCUGGUACGCUCCAUCAGGCGUACCUACAUUGAACAUGGUUGGCCGGACGUGUCCGUGUACAGGAAGGACCAAUGUCAAGACGCUGUGCAAGUGUUGAUUGAGGGCUAG